AUGGCUCCUUUUACGUUCGUUCUCUUUGCGUUUUCAGUGCUAUACCGCGGAGUCCUUGCCGUGACUGUCUUUGAAGCAUUACAGUCAUCCAACACUGGCCUCUUUGCACGAUGGGUUGAGCAGGACCCGGGGCUCGCACCACUCUACAAUUCCUCGCAGGUCCAGACGGUUUUUGCACCAGUCGACGACGCGUUUCAGACGUUUAAUCAAAGCGGCAAACUUUCCAGCUUACGCCGCUUACUCGUUCGCCAGAAUCUUCCGUCAGAUCAGGGUCAACUACAAGCCUGCCAUAAUGCGAAUCUUCUGAACGGACAAUCGGCUGGUGACGAUCCUCUUGGAAGACAAUUGGAUACACUCUUCCCAUCUUCUAAUCCGGAUAGGACACAGCCUGUAAUCAUGCCUCCUGCAUCGAACAAUGGAAACGGCACGUCUAGCCAACGAAAGCGACAACACAGUAGCUCUACAACCCAGUCUUUUCAUUUUUACUCUGGCCUUGGGAAAAGCGUUUCUGUCGUGCAGGCCGAUAUACCUUAUGAUGGGGGUGUAAUCCACACUCUUGAUGGCUUCUUUACUUUGCCUCAAUCUUUCCAUGACACUUUUGCAAACACCAAUGCGACAUCUUUCGCCUCAGGACUGAACAGAACCGGCCUUGCAUCAAUCAUCGACAAUCCAACUGGUGUUACUAUUUUCUCAACAUCAAAUGAAGUGUACAAAGGCAGCAUUCAGUCAAACGUGACCACGGCAUCUUUGACAAGUACUUUGUCUAACCAUAUCAUACCUAACUUCCUAGGUUACACGCCCAGUCUCGCAAAUGGCACUGUGCUUACUACGCAGAGUGGUAACAACCUCACUGUGAAGUUCAGCAAUGGCGAGUGGUACAUAAAUAAUGCAAAGAUUAUUGCGCCAAACCAGAUUACUUCAAAUGGGGUGGCUCAUAUCGUCGAUAGCCUGAUUUCUACCUCGACAUCUCCCAGUGUGCCUGUAUCCACCGGUAUGGCCACGACUCAUCGUAAAGUUGGAAAAGUGGGCAUUACAGCAUCGAUUGCAUAUGCAUUGUUCGCAUGGUUGAUGUAA